CUCAUUUUUACAACACCCGGACAGACUCAUUGUCUCAAUCCGUCUCGAUUCUGUCCAUCUUCAUUCUUUUAUUCUUUUUUAUCUGCAAUCUUUUAUUCAUUAACAACUGAACUAUCGAGCAAGCGGACAGAGUUUCUACUCAGAUACAAAGAUAUUACCUUUUCAUCAUGUCUUCCGCAACAACACACGGUCUAACCAGGCGUAGAGGCUCCCAUAUCCGACACCCUAGCCAAACCCACUUGGAGCCCGACUCUGAGCUACUACCUCAUCAACCGCAACAACAGCGCCAACAACAACACCAGGAACUAGACCUAGGGACGGAGCCUUCUUGUUGUAACAAACUCUUCCUCUUAAUCGCUAUUGUAACGUUUGUCACGUUCCUCACUUCUUCUGCACCAACCAUCUUCUCGGCUCAACAACCUCAGGAACCUUCUUCACGUCCUCAACAGACUCAGAGCUCACGCAAAGGCUUAGUGGCCGUAAUUCAUCCUCAGGAUAAACGCGUGGGUGUAGUCACCAAGGUCGACUCUCAGUCUGCAGCCCUCUUUCCAACAACCCAUUUAGGGAAUAACAAUGACAAAUUCAACCCCGAUGAUCCCUUACCUAUCCAUCCAACACCCCCUCUCUCUUUCUCUCCUUCUUCAUCUUCUCAAACAAAGGCAACGGAGAGUUGGCAAGCGCAAAGGCAAGAACAGGACCAUGCUCAGAUGGUCUAUUCUCCAGUCCAGGGUCUCACAAUCAUGCCUCUUGUUCUCCAGCUUGCAAAGAAGGGCUUCGAUGUGAAGCUCUGGCUAAUUAAAAAAGCUUAUCGAUCCGUCGCCUUUGUAGUUGCAAAACCAGUACGCAUCACCGUUGACAUAGUAGAGACUCCCUUCACCGUCACUCGUGACAUCUGGAAUGCAUUCUUGCCUCUGUAUUCAUUUUUCACAAUUGCUGCCUUGAUUGGAAUUGUCAUAGGAGGGAUCGCGGUUUGGAUCGCCCAUGCAUUGAUCUCUGCUGUUGGAGCAGACCAAGACCCUCAGACCCAAAUCAUCCACAUCCGGUCCAAGGGACCACCACGUCUGGGCUCUCUGGAUCAAGAAUUGACCUAUAGGAGCAAAAGACCAUCCCGUCCCAAGCUACAUACCUCUCCUUCAUCUUCUUUUUCUUCAGCGACAGAAUCAACCAUCUUGUCCUCAACUGCGCCCUCCCCACAGCCACAGGCUAGUUCCAAUCUCUCUCCCGUUCCUGAUAAGCUUCAUUCAACCCGUCAUCGAUCAAAGUCUAAACCGGCACGUUCUGGAUGGACACACAUUACCAAUUCUUCCAAGGCCCGUGCGAUCCUAACCGAUAAUGAUGAUGACGACGAUGAUGAUGAAGAUGCCACUUGGGACCAUGUCUAAAGAACCCUCUUUCUCUCUCUCUCUCUCUCUCUCUCUCUCUCUCUCUCUCUCUCUCU